UUUUUGCCAUUUUCAUGGGUGGCUUCUGUCCAACUUUCUAGUUUGGACAUCUGCAUGCCAAUCUGCAGCUGAAUAUAUCAAAAAAUUAGUCUAUGCAAAAUUUUUGUGUUUCCCCACUGCAUCCAUAAGAUUUGUGCAAUUCUAUAAAACUCUUGAAAUUGAUUAAUAAUUGUUUAACUGCUAGAUCCCAAAAUCACAGAUGAAAUAGCAUUUACACUCAUUUUGUUGACAAACCUUGUUGGAUAUUCCAUUCAUAUUAAAUGAUCUGUUUGAAGCAAGUUUAUUACAAGACUGCAUGCAGCAUCAUUGAACACAGGCCAAGCAAGGACUGCAUAGGAUUGGUGGUGAGUUGUCUAGCGUGUUAAGAAAGCUUUCCUGCAAAGCUCAGGUUCAGGCAGCUUCAGGACCCAGAUUUCUGCAGCACUUGCAAGCUAUGACUCUUGAAGAUCCUUUUUUCGUGGUUAAAGAUGAGGUGUCUAAAGCUCUGAGCAAAACACGGACAUUGUUCCAACGUUGGCAAAAAUUGAAUUGUGCUGCAGAGACUUCAUCCAGAGUUUCAGGAGGCUCUUUCUCCUCUGGGUCUUCUCUGUUGGUGGGCACACCUGUCACACCCAAGGAAGAACUCGACUGGACUUCAACUGAGCUACGCAAUUCCCUCCAUUCCAUUGAGUGGGACUUGGAAGAUUUGGAGGAAACUAUUUCCAUUGUUGAGAAAAACCCAAAGAAGUUUAGAAUAGAUUUAGCAGAACUGAAGACACGGCACAGUUUCAUCCUUCAAACAAGAGAGGAAGUGAAGUCAAUGAACAGCCAGCUCCUGGCUGCUGCAGACAAAAAUUCUGACUACGAAACAGAGGUUUGCCUGGCCAACGAAUGUGAAGUUGAAAUCACCACAAAAAAUAGUCCUACGGCACUGCAGAAAAUUGCAAGCACAGCCAUGGCAAACAGUGCAAAAUACUCCCGCCUUGUGAACCAGGCGGACGAGAGUCCUUCUCAUGUGAAUGCAAAUGGCCGAGGCUUCUCACAACAACAAGCUAUCCUGCAGCAACAACAGGCGGUGAUGGCUCAGCAGGACGAGCAGCUCGAGGAGCUCGCGUCGUCCAUGAGCGUCCUGAAGCAGAUGUCGCGGCAAGUCGGGCAGGAGGUCGACGAGCAAGCAGUCAUGCUGGACGAGUUUGGCCAUGAAAUGGAACACACUCAGAGCAAGAUGGACAACACGCUCAACAAAAUUGCUAAAGUAAUGCAUUUAACUAAUGAUCGACGACAAUGGGCGGCAAUUGGCAUUCUAAGUGCAGUGCUGAUAGUCUUGAUUAUUCUUUUCUUCGUGCUAUGAUGAUCAGGGAGAACAGGAACCCCUCAACGCCAACCUACUAACUUCCAAAUACUAACCGCCAUUAUUUAACGUGAUAUUGGCAUCGUGUAUAGACUUUAUUUACCACGGAAGGAUCCAUUAAAUCUUUGCACGAGGUUAAGUAUCAUGAUAAUUAGUCGCAGUUAGCAUUUGAUGGUUGUGAGCACCACUCUCCCCGUGCAUGAGCCAACCUCAAGGGGAGGGAACUGUCACAGGCUGAAUUAUUGAAGCUUUAUUCUCGUCAAGUUUCCGGCAGGGUAUCAUGGAUGCCAUUCCUCCCGGACUUGUCGAAAUACAAGAGAGCGAGAUAUUUUAAAAUCUAAUUUAUUAUUCAUAUCACGUUUUAACGUGACGUUUUG